AUGGGCACUGAAGUUCUGUUUCUUUUCUGCAUCGAAAAGCCGAAAGCAAAAGCCAAAACUGAUAUUUUCAAAUAUUUGGAAGGUUUCCAAAAGAGAAUGUUUUUUCCGAUGUUUUUCACGAUGCUGUUUAUUAUUAAUGAUCAAUUAUCAUUAGUUAAAAGUGCUGACGAGAAUGACCAUCAAAUGAUGGGAAAAAGACUUCAGUCUCUGGCACUUUUACGUGGAAAUCGAUUGUAUCGCGCCGAAGAUUUGCAAAAUUAUUAUGAGAAUAAAGGAAAAGGAAGAAAAAAUUGGUCUAAUCAUUCACUGUGGAAGACGUUAACUAAAGGGAACUAUCAUAAUAUUCCACAUUGUCUAAUGUAUGAGUAG